ACAAACAUGGACGUCUGUGGAAGCCCAAGUCUCGUGUUUUUGUGAAAUUUCAGUGACUCAGCGCUUGACCAGGGCUACGUGGGUGACUUCAACAUCAAGAUUAAGGUAUCGGUGUGUGUUUGGUGUAGCCAUCGGGGUGUUGGAGCAGGCCCAGGGCGAGAUAAAGGCAGGAGAUGAGUGAGGCCGGGGCAGGAGUGGGGGUCGGGGGGGACGGUGGCGCGAGUCCGGGUCUGGGCGGGUGCGGGGCCGCCGCGCCACCGCCAGCUGACUCUCCUGCCGCCACCACGGCUGACGCGGCCUCGCCACUCUGCUCGUCGCCGCCGUCCCCGACCCCAGCCAGCGACGAGCCACCGGGUACCCCCGCGCGUGCCUCAGUCGCGCGACACGUGCCCGAGCGUCCGGACCGCCUCGCCCCCGCGCACAGCCACCCGCCGCUCUCCCUGGCCACCACGCACCACCGCAGCCCCGACCCCGACGAUCCCGACGAGGACCCGGACCUGCAGCCGCGGAUUCUCCACACGCAGACGCUCGCCCUCCACCACCACCCCGAGGACGACAGUGAACUCUCGCCCUCGGCCCACGUUAACUACAAGGACGAGCCCCUCAGUGUCAGUGUCGUCCACGAGGACUCGCAGCUGGACUCCCAUGACUCGGGCUUGUUGAGUCCCAGUGAACUCUCUCCUCGUGAAGGUCAGGUCAGUGUACCCAGCAUGAUCGACGCGUCAGACUUCAGAUCGCUCCAGCCGGAGCCGAUCUACCAGAACUUGUCGUCUAUGAACGGCAGGAUGUCCCCGCCGGGCUUCUCGCCCUCGUCAGCCAGCAGCUACGCCACGCUGACGCCGCUGCAGCCCCUGCCCCCCAUCAGCACAGUGUCAGACAAGUUCGCGUACGGUCACACGGGUAAUGUGUCAGGCAGUUUCACCGUCAUGCAGAACAACGGGCUGGGCAACAUGCUGUCCAUGGGCUCGCCUUACCAAUACGACAAACUCUCCAUGUCGCCCCCACACUACACCUCGAACAACGGCCUCGGCCUCAACCUGGGCCACCAGCACUCGCCGCUCUCGCCGCACUCCUACCAGAAUGGCCUGGCGUCCCCGCAGAAGUCCCUCAGCCCCACGGGCUACGACUCGCCCUACACGCGGCAGGACAUGAGUCGUACGACCCUGGCAGCGCCCCAGUCACCCACGCUGUCCCCACCAGUGUCUCUACAUUCUCCACCACAAGCCUUCUCCACCUUCAGCGCGGCGCCCACGCCCACGCCCACCACCACGUCCCUCAACAUGAACGGGCUGUCGGGCGGCAGCGGGCUGGGCUCGCUCUCGCCCCAGGCCGUGUCCCCACACAGCCCCAACUACAGCCCCCACCACCACCUUCAAGUGCCACCAUCGCCGCCCCCCAUCAAGCAGGAGCCCACCCUGCACAGUGCGAGCCUGGGCUGCCAGCUGGCCAACAUGACGCCCACGAUGGCCACCACCAUGUCACAGAGUCCUCCCCACGCCCACAUGUCGGUCACGAUGGCCCAGCAAGCCAUGGUCCCGUCGGCGCCCAUGUCGGUGGCGACGGCGUCCAUAGGCGGCGGCCAGGUGCCCAUGAAGACGGCGCAGAUGGCCACGACGAGCGCGGGGAGCGUAAGCGCUGCAGCGGGCGAGGUCGAGGAAAUCAACACCAAAGAACUGGCGCAGCGAAUUUCGGCCGAACUCAAGAGGUACUCCAUCCCUCAGGCCAUCUUCGCGCAACGCGUCCUGUGCCGCUCACAGGGCACGCUUUCCGACCUGCUCAGGAACCCCAAGCCCUGGUCCAAGCUCAAGUCCGGCCGGGAGACCUUCAGGCGGAUGUGGAAGUGGCUGCAGGAGCCGGAGUUCCAGCGAAUGUCAGCCCUCAGAUUAGCAGCGUCCAUGGUCACAGGUGGGUACGGCUAUGGCGAAGGACAGCGCGCGUCGGGGGGAGAUCCAGCCUUCUACCAAGCCGGAUUCCAAGGUACGUAUGACCAAGGAUCUGUGCAGGGAGGGUCGGGAUGUGCCCAGCCUGGAUUAAAAGCUUCAAGUUCAUCCUGCAAAAGGAAAGAGGAGCAGCAAAACCAUCCCGAUCAGCAGCCUGCUCCCAAGAAGCCACGGCUGGUUUUCACGGAUUUGCAGCGUCGUACACUGCAAGCUAUUUUUAAGGAGACGAAGCGGCCCAGCAAGGAGAUGCAGGUGACGAUCGCGCGGCAGCUGGGCCUCGAGCCGUCGACGGUGGGCAACUUCUUCAUGAACGCUCGUCGCCGCUCCAUGGACAAGUGGAAGGACGACAACGAGGGCUCCAAUAAGAUGUGCGGGCUGGCGUCGCCGAACAGCACGGUGGUGCACAUGGCGCAGGUACCGCAGAUGAACCAGACCAACUCGAUGGUGGGCCACUGCCUCGACGACCACGACUUGUGACAGGCCACCCCGCAGCCCCUGGUCUACCUGGCGCCGCACUAGCUGCGUCCACACGCCCACACCCCCGCAGCUGCUGCAGGAUCGGCGCCCACGGGCAUCCUCAGCAAUAGGGCGCGCUCCGCGUGAGCACGCCGCCCACGCCCUGUGGCGCCGCCGCCGGCAGGGUCACACACGCCCCUGGCACCCGCCUCGCCCCGCCCGCACAGUACAAGCCAGCAGCCCAUGCCAGGGACGCGGUGGUGCCAGGCAGCAGCAGCAGCAGCAGCACGGCCGCGUCACCCACACACCACCGGUCACUUCAGGUCACAGCAACAAGACGACGUUCGGUCUGGCGGUUCAGGUUCCGAAGCCUACGGAUGAUCUCAGCACAUUCCGCAACGGACACUAGUCACCCAAGAUGAUGGUCUUGUCGUAGCUAUAAGUUGCCAGCAUACUAGUCUAGGAUAAUUUGAUGUUUAUUAUUUAUUUUCUCUCGUAUUUAUUGUGUAAGUCAGCGAGUGACUGUGUUACAAUACAGGUUUUUUUGUAGGCGCGGCGCCCGGGUGUCGCGCAGACAGAGUUCGGUGCGCUGAACGUGUCUAGUCACAUGAUCUGUUCUCUUAUGUUAGUUAGCGAGGUCGACGCUGGUCACCUUCACCCAAAGAUCCAGGAAUUCAAACAACGUACUUUAUCAUUCCUAGUCAAAGUGUUGCCAUUCCAAGCAUAUUCAAGCUCAGAAACUACUGCUAGUCAAGCGUGUUGUAUCUACUACAUACAUUCCAAAACUCUUGCCAAAGAAACGGAAACAAAAUGUACUUAAUACUUGUUUCGACGCUACCAAAAGAUUGAGAUACUGCAACAAGAUGUACUUAAUAAUAAGAAGUGUUGCUUAUUUAUUGAUAACUUAUUUUCACCUCCGAUUUUUUGUAUGACGUAAGUAAGUUUGUUACAAUAUAUUUUUAUAAUAGGAAGUGCCGUUAAAAUGAUUUUGUCUUUCUGAUAUGUUUAGCGUCCCCUCGGCCUCUCUCUCUCUGUUUCUCCGAGGGGACAUGUGUAUGUAUUAUUUGUAGGUUGUGUACGCCUGAGGGGCAGGAGGCAUCCCUUGCCCCCUCACCCCUCUAGGAACGCAACAUAGUCACUGUAGUUCCCUGUUUUUUUUUUGUACAUGUCCUUCCGUUGAGGCGCUGCACUAACCAGCCCAAACAAACUGAGUUACUGAUUUUUACCCCAGCGCUUUAUGUGAUGAGUUGGGUAUGUGACGCCCCCAGGCAUCGGGUAACAAGGUUGAGAUGAAAAUUUAUGUUAAUCCUCCUCUUCCCCGCUUCCCCCCCCCCCCCCACCGUACGCAUCCAGCCUUCUCCCCCCCGCCGCCCCCAAUCAGUCAAUCGGUGGCGGCGCGGGCGGGGUGGUAGCGGCGCCCGGGGCGGGACUUGUCACUCCGGUGCCGCCCUGCCGCUACCUUUCUCUACCUCCCUCACCCCCUUCCCUUGCCCCUCACCCUUGCCCCUACCCCUACCCCCUGCCGAUGCCCUCGAGACGCCCACGGUGAAUAUGGGCGGCCUCGGAAAUCAUCCUUUUAGGUUUACGAAUUAGUUUGUACUUAAUGAUUACCAUUAUUAUUUUUAUAACGAAUGUGUUCCCUGUUUUGUGUUUACUGUAUGUACUUACUUUUUUACCGAUGAUAUUUAAGAUAGUGUGUGUGUGUUAUAUUGGAGAGUGUAAACACAGUGGGAGGGGGUCACCCAUCCCUCCACCCCUCCUCCCCCACGCCUCUGCACCUCUCCCCCUCCCUCCCUCCUCUCCCCCCUCUCCUCCCUCUCCAUCAAACCCUAUUUCGAUACGGAGAGAUUUCCGAAAAUCUGUCAUUCCUCUCCUACAAUCAUCCUCUCCUCCUCCUUCGUCCUUUUAUUCCCAUUCCUCCCUCUCCUUCCCCUUACUUCUCCCUCUCCUC